UCAAAUCUCAUUCAGUGUGCAUCCGUCGCACGAAGCGUUUGAACAUAAAAUUUUAAUUCCAAAAGAAGAACGAUAAAAUCCGAGCGCGCUUGUGUGAGCCAUCUGUCUGUUUGAAAAUAAGCCUAAGAGUUAGCAAUCAUCUUCAAGCUGAAAAACGAUCAGCGUUACGCGUUGGACACUCUUGUGGACACUCUGAAGCCUGUAGUGAACGAAAUGCAUAUCCAACCGAGUUCGCCCAACUCGUCCCAUUCGGAGGACGAUGCUGCGACCAAAAUUCAGGCUGGCUUCCGCGGCUAUCGGGUGCGCAAGCAGAUGAGGCAGAAUAAAUCCACCAGUGGCACGAGCGGUGUUGGUGGCUCCUCUGUGGCUGGCCAACAGCGAUCGCCAAAGGCGGGCAAGAAACAUUCAGCGAGUCUGGAGGACAACUCGGCUACAAAAAUUCAGGCGGGAAUUAGAGGAUUUCUGGUGCGUAAACGGCAGAAGAUGGCCACCGAAGCGGCCACCAAGAUUCAAGCCGGUUUUCGUGGGUUCAAAACGCGGAAGGAGUUAAAAACAAACAAAAAGGAAAAGUGAUCGACGCGAACAAUCCAACAAUGUUCUAAUAGUCGAUAGAUGCAUAUUUUUAUUACCUAGUUAAGAUAGUGUGAAGAAAUAGUAUACAUGAAAUGAUAUUGUGUAUAUGUAGCAAUAGGUCUUGAAACUGUGUCACACAUAUGAUCAACCUAUAAGGUGCGGCAGCGAACUCUUGCGCGUUGCCAUUGUUGGAAACAAGAUUCAAAAGGCCACAACAAAUUGUACAUAAAAGGUCAAGGAGUUUGUGAAAGCGAUCGUAUCAGAGAGUGAUCUGACACAAAAAAGUGCAACCGUACCCCCAGCUGCUAUUGGGAUGAUGUAAGAAUAGAAGAAUAAGGAAAAACAAGUGCUUCCAGUCAGGUUUUUGGAUCCGCUUUUAUUUACCUCCCACCCCCGCGUAGACAUGACCGACUCACUGCUGAUCACAUAUUCUGGCAGAGAUCAACAGUGCUCGUCGUGUAAAUGUGUAGGGUAGUACAAACAUUUUAUCUUCGUUGAAAUGUUCAGUGCGCCCCACUGUAUCGAUAUGUUUUUUUCGAAUAAGUAUUAUUUCAUCUAUGUCUGCUUUUCUGAAUGGGAGAAAACACACCAUUCUAGUCUAUAUUUAGGGCUUGGGAAAUGGAUACUGCCUCGUUUGGAGAUCGCACUGUUUUUUUCCCUCGGAACACAAUACAUACAGUGGAUGGAAGGUGCCGCACCCAUAUUUUACCAGUGAAAGCAUUCGCUUUUAUGUUCUUUAUGUUUUGGUUAUUGUUAUUAUUUUGUUCCAUGAUAUAGAUGGAUAGUUGUAGCUAGUAGAGAUAGUUGUGAGUUUUCCACUUUUCUUUCCUUGUGUGUGAUAACUGAUUUGAAAAAAGGUAUUUACAAAAAAAUACAAAUAAACGCUAGUGAUUCAGAAGUAGCUUUUGCUAAAACAUAUACGAUGAUAGGAAUGAUAUCUUUAUACAAAUAAUUUUUACAAAUUUCAAUAAAAUGUAGCUUUAAAUACUAUAACUAUUGGCGUUUUAUGUUGCACAUCACGAAACCCUUCAGAAUUAUUUCAAUUCCAUUCCAACUGUGGCUUGAUGUGAUGAGUGUGUUCAGGUUGUCUUCAGAACAGGGAAAUGCGUCUCAAUUUCUGUUUCAUAUUGGUUGAAAAUGUAGAUCGAUUCAAACUUGCAUCAAAUCCUAGAUUACUUGGCGUUUUUCAUAGCAUCUUCUGCUUUAGUAGCACUCAAUUUAAUCGAAAAGAAGAAAGUGUCCUGUUUGCAUGAUCGAAAUAGGAGAAGUUCCUCCGAAUAUCAAAGUUCUGGUCUUUGAGAAGCGUUUCACCGUGAUCCCUUUUAGCAUACAGAAUUUAACCCUUCAACGAGCCAUGAGAACUAGGCAUGUAAACAACGCAAACUACAAUACAACGGCAUGUUUACAUGCUAAAAUACACAAAAAAAAACUUUCCAAUACGCAAAAUUGGGAGUUGUUAACAUCAAAAUGGCUCCAAAAUUAAUAGUUUUCUUUAAUUUUUCCGAGCUUAAAAAAUCAGGCAUGUUGCUAGAUAUCAGAACCAGUUACCACAUAAGGCUAGAAAUGAUAAUUUAUUGUUAAAGAAGAGAAAGCAAUAAAAUCGUUCGUGGCAAUAUAGUUGCCACUACCCGUAAAAGGGUGCGAAAAC